AUGAGCCCUCCCUCCACGAAGAUCUCCUGGGCCGCGGUUAUGGUGCUACUGCUGCUACUGCUCCCGCCUGCGCUGCUCUCGCCCGGCGCGGCCGCGCAGCCCUUGCCGGACUGCUGCCGCCAGAAGACAUGCUCCUGCCGUCUCUACGAGCUGCUGCAUGGCGCCGGCAAUCACGCGGCCGGCAUACUGACGCUGGGAAAGCGGCGGCCCGGGCCUCCAGGUCUCCAGGGCCGGCUGCAGCGCCUCCUGCAGGCCAGCGGCAACCACGCGGCUGGCAUCCUGACCAUGGGCCGACGCGCAGGCGCAGAACCCGCGCCGCGCCCCUGUCCCGGGAGACGUUGUCCCACCGCAGCUUCCACUGCCGCCGUGCCUUGA